GGAUUUCUACUUGAACGUAAUCCUGAGAGUGCAGCUGCCACUAUUCAUCUUCUUUACCAGAAUCUGCCUGACCAAAAGAAGUCACGCAUCCCAGAUGAGCUACAAAGGCUGAUCAGUGAAUGGCCACUGGAGGUGAUAAAGAGACAGAAGAAAGAAGACAAGAAGGCAUUAGCUGAAUCCUUUAAAAGUGACAUUCCCGCAAUGGUCACUUCUUUGCUAAACAUGGGGCUCAAUGUCACGGUGGAUCUGGAAAAGCUCAACCAACAGGAAAUUUGAAGGCAGAGUUGUUCAAACUAGUUGAAAAUAGUUGGUUGUGGCGGCAUCAACAUGAGAAGCAGAAGCUGAAGAGAAACAGCUACAAGGUUCUAUGAACUUAUUCGGCCAAAAUUUGCUAGGCAAAAGGAGUCUGAAGAUUACUUGUUUUGUGCAAAAAUCCAAGCUUUAUGACAUGAUCAUCCAUCCAGAUUUUGAUGUUCUAACAUGGAUCAUGUUGUGAUUUUGAUUUGAUUUGGCAGUAUCCUUUUAUUCCGAUACUGUUACAUUUGAAAAUUGUGGAUAAACAAAUAAUGUAAUGAACAGCAAUUGUCAAGAAUUUGUGCUUUUUUAGUGAAUUUCUGGAAUUGAUUGAGGUAUUUAUGUUCUAGUAUU